AUGAAUCGAUUAUCGGAAUCGAUCGAAGAUGACUGGAACUAUUACAGUUUGUCGAAAUUCGAUUUGGACCCAGCAAACUAUACAGCUGAUGACUAUAUCAGCAGCGUUGUUGUAUUUGAUGGUGGAAAUCUGUAUCUGACGAGAACAUCGACCCGGAUUUAUGGAGGUGUUUCGUUGGUGUUGACGUUGCUGGUGUUGGCUUUGCGCCUUUUUAUCUUUCCGCAUCUACUAUUCGAAUCCCUGCGCUCGUUCUGCUUCACCAGUUUGUCGCUGCUCUUCAUAUCAGUUGCGCAGAUAAUCCAGAAUUUUUGUCAGCUAUACCAUGGUUAUCUGAUGGUCCAAGCAUUUAUGCAUAUCCCCCUGAUGACAACAUACUCUUGCCCAAUAAUGUAUGCCGCAUGGUUGCUUCAAUCUCUCCUUUAUCUCACUGUAGUGCCGGCUACCGUCAUCCAAUCCAUUGGCUCGAAAAAGUUCAAAGCUAGGACAGUAUUCUUGAUUUAUCUCACAAUUUGUCUUAUCUUAUCUAUUGCGUUCUUUGGCAUCAACUACCCUGGCUUUGGACAAUCUGUCCUUUAUUUCGAUAUCCCGAUGUGGAUGGUUAAUGGAUACAAUCCCCUACCCUUGACCGGCUUUUCCCUAAAGAUCAACCACAUUCUGGACAUUGUCGUGGCGGGCGUGAUGAUUGUAUUUCUGGUACUCCUAGCGGCCGCUUGUCCGUUUGCCGGUUCAAAGACCCCGAAUAUGGGUGCUAUCCGAAAGGAGGUUUUCUGGACGUCUGUAUAUUUUUGUAUUACCACCGGAAUCUCGUUAGGCCGUGAUUUUUUCAUCAUGGAUUCUGAUCCAUCAAAAUCCAAGGAUUGGGCUGCGAUUUGCUACCUUGGAACCGUGGUUUGGGGUCUUGGAAAACCCAUCAUCUACAUGUUUGUUCAUAGGAAAAGCCUGUGCUUCCGCAAGAUUAUGCCA